CGACAUUCGGUUUAAGUUAGUUGAGUUGAUUGUAACUGAAUGGUGCGGUGCGACGUCGCGUUAUUAUUGUACAAACAUUUUCAACUUUACUGUUUGUGGUUUUGUUCGACAUUAUACUCGAAAAUAAUUUUUAUUUUUUUUUGUGUGUUCAUUAAAUAUUCAAGUGAGGCAGAUAGCGCAUAGAAAUUUGGAUUAACGGUUUUUUUUAGUUGAUUUUGAGUGUGUAAAAUUUGUUUAAAGAACGUUAAUUUUAUUGUGAACGAUGUUAUGAAUUGGAAAUGAAGUAGUUCGGCUGAAAUUGUUAUCAAACAAUUGAAGUUAAGUACACGACUUCAAUUAAAUAAGUUGUUGUCUUAUGGUUUAUUGAAUUUAAGUAAUUCGGAUAUUCGAAAAAAAAACAGUGGAAAAAAGCACUUUUUAAAGCGAAACACUUAAACUGUUUGUGGAUUCACGUUCAUCGUUACGGAUUGUGAUAUGUGAACGAUAUUAACUGGAAAACUCUUCGUUGAUUGAGUGAAAAUUAUAUCAAUAUUACAAUAAAAGUCGAUUAAAUUAACAGUUAAACAGAUUUGCAUUAAUAAAUGCAAAUAUUAGCUUUGUUGUGUGCAACAGGUCGAUAUCUGAGUGUGUGACAAAUCGAUAUUUUUUCGGUGUUUGUUAAUAUUCUGAAUACUCUUUGCAUAUGUACUUACAUAAUAUUGGAUAUUUUAUUCACCACCACACAGGAUAUGCGAACGGCAGAAACAAAAACUGGAUUAUUUUACAUGUUUAAUAAAAUUUAUUGGUGAAAAUUCGCGUUGCAUAAGUGCUCUUCAGGAAGCUACCGUAUUGAUUCAGCUCCAAUCCAACUUUACAAACAAUUACAUCCCCUUUGGUCGAGUGAAACAGGAUGUUAAUACUAGAUGGCUGCAGUUAGCCAACAUGCAAUGCGGCGUCAUCCAGGAGGACCUUUGGAUCCUUCGCCAUCAUUCGGAUCAACACCGUAUUUUGCCAUUGCUCACCAACAACCCCUCCCAGUGGACAAAUCAAAGAAAUCAUGGAGCCAACGAUUAAAGAUCACAAAAUCCGACAAACAGCUAAUAUACAACGAUGUCGAGCCGUUAGCCCAAAGUGCUUUGUCUCGUUCGAUGAAGUAUGCGGAACCAUGGCUAUAUGGAACCAUACGCGGAAUACCAGCGCCGUUAGCCAAUCGUCAACAAAUGUUCCCUCAGCAUAUGGCCGAAUUGGCAGUCGUUGUCUGUUCAUGUCCUGAAUACUUAAAUGGUACAAAAGUAGAUUUUAAGAAGGCCACCAUUUGCAAAAAAUGCCGAGGAUCUCGUUUACCGCUGGCACCGAUGGGCGGAACAAUGCGUCUGCACUCAACAACGCCAAUAAUGCACGCUGCCAGAGGUAGUGCUGGUACAGUGAGACUACCAUCAUCGUACAGCAUGAAACAAAGACCAUCCAUUCUGAAUUCGGAAAAUGAUCCAUACGAUAUGAUGCGCAGAAAUCGAUUAGUUUCGCCUGAACUACAAUCAUCGGCUAAAAAAGCAAAUAAAAAUCGCGCAAAAAGCUCUAGUCCAUCGCGGAGUAGAAGUCGCACCAGAAAAUCUUCAUCGCCCGUAUCAAAAGUAUCAAAUAGUUCGGAGAGCCGCAGUCGUAGUGUUAGUCGUAACAAUGUAAAAGAAUGGAAUGAAUCCGAAUCGGACACCGGUCGUCGUUCAAUACUACAGUGUGAAGUGAACGCUUAUGAGUUGAUCUCAAAUAUAUCGCAUAACAACGAGUUUUCACCUGCGCAUGAUGAAUACGAUGUUCAGAUCAGAGAUAAAGCGAGUGACUUAAAUGUAACGGAAUUGGCUGGUCAACGCAUCAGAAUAUCGGGAUCGAUGAACAAUUCGACGCACGAGGAUGUCGAUGCAUUUAUUUACGAACCUAUUUCGGUCAUCAAUGAACCUAUGAGUUAUGAAGACAAUUUCUUUCAAAAUUUAUCGUCACCAAAACCAUCCGACGAUCAUGUCUUACCGACCCGCCCUCCUCGUAAUAAAACUCAAGAUCCAUCCAGUUCGAUUUCCAAUUCAACGGAAAAUGAAAGUACUGAUACUAGUCCAAAAAGUGAAUAUAUGCUUACAUCAGCUACAUUGUCUCAUUUAUCAACCGAUGUAAUUACAAAUUAUCCAACACACACCAUCAAAUCAAUACUGAAACGUCCACUAUCUUCACCGAACCAAACACCUGCAAUUGAAUACAAUAAACCCAAACCAAGUACAUUAAUGUUAGCACACAAAAACCGGCCGAAAUCAACAUCAUCAUUGGUCGAUAAUACCAUUGCCAAUGGCAAAAUAAAUAUUGUUCCAUCAGCCGCCAAAACCGUAAUGAACGUCGAUUAUAAAAAUAUUAAUUUUCAAGAUAGAGAAAAGCGUCAUUCAGCGUCAGGCUCGCAAUUUUAUAUACCUAUGCCACAACGAAAAAAGGUACAAUUUUUGGUUGAAAACGAAAUUAUUCACGACGAUACAAUCGCUGCUGGUGAAAUAAGCGGUACUAAUGCAUCUGAAUACAGCGACGUAGACAUAUCAUCGACUCAAAUUGCAACGAAUAAUUCGAACGAUUAUGCUGAUUGCAUAGACAACAAUAAUGACCAAAUGAAUGGAUUUAAUCGAAAUGAACGUAAUGCUAUUGUUGAAAAAGUGGAAAACUGUUUACCCGUUGGCUGUAGUUCUUCGGUGAAAUCCAUUUCUUCGGAAAACAGUACACUGAAUAUUAAUGGGACCGUGGAUUUAAGAUGUAUCAGCAAUGUUGAAGAAGACAACAACCUUCCUUCCAGCCUCAAAUCGAUACUACGCCGAUCGCUAAGCGAUAGACGUCUCUCCGACACUACAUUAGCUGCAACUGUAAAUGUCAUUUUCAACGACACUACGGCACUGAGAUCUAAACCAAGUAAAACAGAUUCACGGAACAUAUUCCAAGAACUGUCACCAUCAAAUGUGAGUCGACCGAGAGACCCUCCGCCGCCGCCACCAUCAAUGCAAAAAUGUAUUGAAAAGACACCGGAACGACCGCCUAGACUCGCUGGACGUAGAUCUGCUAACUACAGUGGCGAGGAAAAGUCAAAGAAAACUGAUAGAAUUUACGAAGAGUUCUGCUUUACAUCACCAACCGUGACCGUGAACAAUCAUAACCAUGUGGAUGAAAUGGUUGAGCUGAAGGUUUCCAAUGCUAGAAAUAUAGCACCAGUGAGCGAUGAGAAUAACGAACAAAGGAAACGAAUUCAAGCGAACAUCGAAGCAUUUCAAGGAUCAAGGAUUUUCGGGAGUGUUAAUAAGAAAACCGUUGUGAAAGUGGCACCGUUGAUAAUAAAUCGAGAAUCUGUUCAUCGCCUCGAAAUCAAAAACGAUGAAGAUAGUCAAAACGAAAGUAAGAAAACCUCCAUUUUGAUCAACGGCGAUGACUGUUAUUCCACUAUAAAUGUUAACGAUGACACGCCUUUAUAUCAAUCGUCCGUUGUUGUACAUGAUUCUUGCACCUCGCCAGCCUUCACAAAAUCAAGUUCAAACACGGUUUCAAUAAAUGUUACUACGCCACAGACACCGGAGGAGCAGCUGACUUAUCACAACAACCAAAUAAAUUCUUUAUUGAGUAAGAAUUGUGCAAAAUCCAUAAUUCCAAUUAAUGAUUCUCUCAACGGAAAUGUGACCCAAAGAAUUUUAACCAAUCCGAAUCAGACGAGGACACUAAUAACUCUCGAUUAUUCGGAUAGUAAUAUAAGCUGUGACAAUGGUACUGACACAAAAUCCGAAAAUGAAUUAGUUUUAUUGCUGCGGAAUCCAGUGGAAGCUGUAAAAAGGAAUCUAGUACCACAUGUGUGCGGAAAAAUCAUCGAUAAUGGCAUCCAGUCGACUGAAGAUCACCCUGAAAAGCAGUCGAAAAGUGGAAGAUUGGCUGAAAAAUUGCUUCAAACCGACAGCACAAGUUUCAUUUCGAAACUACUUGAAGAUCCAACUCUGGGACAUUUGGCUGAAGGUUUGGACUACGAGCUUGUGGCUAAACUCAUUGAAAAUUCCUUGGUUAGAUUGAAAGAGAGUCGCAACAGCUUAGACAUGAGUGGUACCAAAGACGAAAAAGACAUGAACAAACUGAUUGAAACUUCGCUACAAAAAGUUAAAGAAGAAAGACAAAAAAUGGAAAUCCACAAGUCUGAUAUGGAAAAACCGGAUGACGACAACAAAAGUAACCGGGACAGCAUGAGUUCGGGAAAUAGUUUCAGUUCAGCCAACUAUGAGCCAUACGAUUUUGAUGGGAACGAUUUGUCGGACUGUUAUCAAAGUUGUUCAAGUGAAUUAACAGCAGACGAAGAUGGUAACAUGACUAGAACCAAAUUUUAUCAAAUGUUGGUUGAUGCAACGUUAUCCGAGAUUGAAAUAUCGACAAAUAUAGAAGACGAUCACCACUACGAAUCAAUUCGACUGAAUGGCGAUCCAAUUUAUGAAGAGAUCAGUGACAUUCCUCCACCACUUCCAUUAUGUCCACCACCCAACGACGACGCAGAACUUGAUAAAAAGAAUGCCAAGUCAAUGUUUGAGGGAGCGUCUAAGUAUGACAUUUUAUCGUACUUAGUUGACGCUAAGGAACGUGGAAUAGUUCCAGAAGACUCUUAUACCUACAAUUUCGGUAACAGCGCAGACGUGAUAAUAGAGGAAGAGAAUGACAAAGUAUCUGGACGGUUACACAACCGACAGAGUUCGGAUAUUAGUUGUAGGAUAAGUCACAUUUCCAGUAACAGUGAUGUAAGCGAUGAGGCAUCGUUAAAACAGUCAGCCCAGCGAAAAAGUUCGGCAGACAUUGAACGAAAUGAUUCGGGCGUUGGAUCUGAAACUAGUAAAACGUCACGCAGUAAAUACCAAAGUUUGCCCGGCUCAAUCCUGAACAAAAAUAGUCCGAUACAUUUGUGUGAGGAUUGUGAUGGUCCGGUAGAAACGCAAGUGACCGAUUCAGGUGUAAUGUAUGCUCCAUUGGUCUGUCGUAAAUGCGGAAAGAAACGAGCUGAACGAAAGGAGAUCGUAACGGAAAUUGUUGAAACAGAAGAAAAGUAUGGCCGAGACCUGCAAAUUAUUCUGGAAGAGUUUUAUCAACCGAUGUUGGUCGCUGGACUAUUAACCCAAGACCAACUCUCGACAAUCUUCAAUAACACUGAAGAAUUGCUAGAGAAUAGUCAGUCGCUUGCAGAGAAAAUGCGUGAUGCGCUGGAUAUUGCUAUGGAACAGGGUGACGACGAUCUAAUAACAGUGAACAUUGGCAAAUUGUUGCUAGAUGCCGCACCAAUGUUGCAUGCCUUCGAAAGCUAUUGUAUUAGACAGGCAGCAGCUAGUUUGUUGUUGGCUAAUAUGGAAAAAGAGAAGGAACUGCUGAGAAUAUUUUUGAGGGUCAGUCAAAUGGAAAACACCGUACUCCGGAGAAUGAAUUUAAAUUCAUUUCUAAUGGUACCAGUUCAACGAGUCACAAAAUAUCCACUUCUUCUUGCUCGCCUUUACAAAGUUACACCUACACACCUAGAGGGUCGAGAGUUGCUAAAGCAAGCGCAAGAAAAAAUCGAAUUACAUCUCAAUCACAUGAAUCGCGAAGCCAAAGAUGUACCCACAAAGUUAUGGAGACGGAUCUCUUCGUCAAGCCCGAAUCGACGAUCAUCCUGCGAAAUCGAUAUGAUCAACAUAAAACUAAGAAAAAUGGCAAUCGAUUUGCUCGAAUGGCAUCAUGACGAGGUGCGAUUUGCUAUCGAAGGUAAAUUGUUGUUCACGCAACCAAACGACAACAACUGGCGUAAAGGGCGAACGAUCAAAUUGACACCGGUGAAUGCGUUAUUAGUAACGAACGGGAAGCCAAGCGCUUCCUACAAGGUCGAAAAAGUGUUAAACGAACAGCUGAAUUUUCCGCGACACACCGGCAUACGAGAAGCAUCCUUAUUACUUGUGAGAGAGAAAUCUGGUAGGUACACAUUGCUGAGAGAGCCACUAUUUUUGGACCGAUGUAUUGUGUGUACGGAAGCUGACUGGGAAGAUUACUUUGAAGUGCAGGAGAUCUCGUCGAAGGACACAUUUAUAUUCAAAGCUGAAGAUGGCGCCCGCACAAAACAGUGGUAUGCUCAGUUACAGUAUCAUUCACAAGGGAUGGGCGCAUGGCGAAAACGGCGAAAUGCAUUAGCAAAUAUUAUGAUAAAUGGCAUGAUGAUGCGAACUUAAACAAAAAAUCCUUUUUAUUUAACAUAAAAACUUACUUUCUGAACUAUUUAAGUGGACACACAUUGUACUUAAUUUUAUUUUUAAUAUUUUAAUGUAGACUUUUAGACCGAAAAGUUUAUCGUGAAAAUAAAUUUUAUUGUAAAAU